GUAGGAAGUGUCUUCAAAACAGCGAAACUGCAGCUGGCUAAUCACUAUUUAAAUGUUACAUGCAAUGGAAAUGACAGGCAAAAUACAAUGAGGACUAUUUAGAAACAGUUGGAAUUAUUCCCAUAGUUGUGGUGUGGCUAUUCAGUUUCAAUAACACCAACAAGGAUUAUCAUUCACUCUUACUCUUGGGAAGACAGUGACAUUUUUCAAGCAAUUCUGAUGUCUUCCGGCUGUCCACCGCAAUCACCUGCUGUGGCAAAGUCUGAGGUCACAGUAGAAGGAGAAUGCCCACUACUGGCUGCCACCUUUGCCUACUGGGACAACAUCCUGGGUCCACGAGUGCGCCACAUCUGGGUACCGAAGGGUGACCAGUCGAUGUUCCUCAGCGAUGGAGAGGUCACAUUUUUGGCCAAUCAUACACUGAAUGGAGAGAUUCUACGUAGCGCUGAGUGCGGCGCUGUGGAUGUGAAGUUUUUCGUCCUGGCUGAAAAAGGCGUCAUCAUCGUGUCUCUCAUCUUCGACGGUGAGCUGAAGGGGGACAAGAACACGUGUGCCUUGUCAGUCAUCCUGCCUCAGACAGAGCUGGCCUUCUACCUUCCUCUGCACACCAUCUGUGUGGAGAGACUAAAGCACGUUAUUCGCAAGGGGCGCAUUUGGAUGCAGAAGGGUUACAACAUCAUCUCUGUGCUGAGUUUGGAGAUUGUCCCCAUCAUGGAGCUGUUGGCCUUUAUGAAGUCACACAGUGUGCCGGAAGAUAUAGAUAUAAAAGACACCGUGCUAAAUGAUGAUGACAUCGGGGACAGCUGCCAUGAGGAUUUCCUCCACAAGGCCAUCAGUUCUCAUCUGCAGACGUGCGGCUGUUCAAUAGUCGUUGGAAGCAACCCAGAGAAAGUAAAUAAGAUUGUGCGGACCCUCUGCCUUUUCCUCACCCCGGCUGAGAGGAAGUGCUCUCGCCUCUGCAAAGCCGACUCUUCCUUCAAAUACGACACAGGCCUGUUUGUUCAGGGUCUGCUCAAGGACUCCACAGGCAGCUUCGUCCUGCCCUUCCGCCAGGUGCUCUACUCUCCGUAUCCGACCACGCACAUCGACGUCGACAUCAACACGGUCAAGCAGAUGCCACCGUGCCAUGAGCACACAUACAAUCAGCGGCGCUACAUGCAUUUGGAGCUCAGCGCACUCUGGAAUACAGACAGCGAGGAGGACAUUCCUCCUGACACAGUCAUCCACACGGAUGAGACCUUCACACCAGACCUGAACAUAUUUCAAGAUGUCAUGCAUAAAGACACUUUGGUGAAGUCGUUUAUAGAUGAGGUGUUCAUGCUGAAGCCAGGUCUGUCCCUGCGGAGCACCUAUCUGGCCCAGUUCCUGCUGCUGCUCCACAGGAAGGCCCUCACUCUGCUCAAGUACAUCGAGGACGAAACGCAAAAAGGGAAGAAGCCCUUUCGAUCCCUUCGCAAUUUAAAGACGGACCUGGAUCUUACAGUGGAGGGGGACCUGAACAUAGUAAUGGCCUUCGCUGAGAAGCUGAGGGCAGGACUGCACUCGUUUGUGUUCGGGAAGCCAUUCUACACGAGCCUGCAAGAACGAGACGUACUCAUGAGCUUUUAACUCCAUUCUUCACCUGAACCUUAGGUAUUGGAUGGUCAAUGGAAACAGACGUUUUGUUGUAUUGUUUUAUUGUUACACAAAUGCAUGCACGUGUACUCUUUGAGACAAGAUUAAGUAUGAAUAUUUAUUUUUGCUUUGCUCAAAUUAAAAAAAAAAAAAAAAAAAGACAUGUUGCCUUCCCUUUGUGUCUUGAUGAAGUCAUGAAUUCAGUCAUGUCGCUGAUUGUAACUGCUGUUAAGCCAUUAGAAUGAAAGUUUUUAUAUAUAUUGUUGUUAUCAUCUGUCAGCAUAAUGUUUUCACACUUAAAUUAUUGUCUGCUGGAUGAGUGUUCAUGUGUUUUAUGCCUUCUGUUAACAGAGGGUCUGUGUUAAUUUAUGCUGUUGAAUUAGCUGCAGUGCACACAAGGACAUGUGCUAUUUAAUUAAAAGAAUAUAUUACUAAAA